GAAUCCUCCUCUCUCUCAUUUCUCUCCUUCUUCCCUCAUAAUUUCUUCACAGCCUGUAAGAUUUUUUCUUACACUCUGCGCGAGCUCAGUUUUGAGCCCAAGCUUUUGUUCUGAGCGCAGAUCUCGAGGUCCUCAUCGGAGUCCCCAAAUUGAAGCCAAGUCUUUGGCCCUUUUUGGAUUGAACAUCCUUAAGGACCAUAACCCCCAUACCAAAUCUCCAGAUUCUUCAUUCUCGAUACCAAAGUUCGAAGCUUUCCCCAUGUCAGAGUGAAGGGUUGGACUCUGUUUGGGACAGAAAGUCACGAUUCCCCCCCCCCCUCAUCAAGUGUGGUAGAUUUUGAGGUUUUUGUAAAUGCCCGAUUUCGUGGUGUUGAUGUUUGAGAUUCAUGAAUCCAAUUAUCAGUGAAAUCUUCCUUUCUGGGUGUAUGGUCAAUUCUACUGUCAGGCGCAGGACCCAUUUAGUUCAAUCUUUCUCCGUUGCCUUCCUCUACUGGCUGUACUACGUCUCAUGAUUUCAAAGUUUUGCCCGCUUGUUUUCUAAUUACUAUCUCUAAUCGCUAUAUUCUACAAUAAUCCUUUUACUUUGUGCAGUGUUUUCGGGGUUUCUUUCUGUUUAGGUUCUGGGUCCUGCGAGUGUCUGUUUUUGUGUUUUCGUUUCUACGUUUUUGGGGUCUGUGUAAUCUCGUAUCGAUCUCUCAUGGCUUCCUCAAGCGGAACAUCUUCAGGUUCAGGUUCGUCACCUCUGGCCCAAAACUCUGGUUCCGAGGAGGAUUUGCAGGUUCUGAUGGAUCAGAGGAAGAGGAAGAGGAUGAUAUCGAAUCGCGAGUCAGCAAGGCGAUCUCGGAUGAGAAAGCAGAAGCAUCUGGACGAUCUGGUGGCUCAAGUGGCUCAGCUCAGAAAGGAGAAUCAGCAAAUUCUCACAAGCGUUACUCUCACCACAGAGCAGUACUUAAGAGUUGAAUCUGACAACUCUGUUCUUCGAGCUCAAGCCAGUGAGCUGAGCCACAGGCUGGAAUCUCUGAACGAAAUAAUCGAUUCCUUGAAUGCCUCCAACAAUGGAGCUUUUGCAAACACCUUCAACAUGGAGCCCAACAAUGGCUUCUUCAAUCCAAUGAACAUGGGAUAUCUGAACCAUCCGAUAAUGGCUUCUGCAGAUUUGUGGCCGUAAUGGAAAGAUAAUAAAUAAUUUGCCAUGUACUGAGAAAGAAAUCAAACCGGUUGGGGCUUUCAGAAACUUGUAUCAGAGUCAAAAGAGGGGAUCUGGUUGAAUUCCAGGUUUCCUUUGGGAUUUGAGAGUCAGUUGAGAGAUUAAAAUCGCUACCAGAUAGAUAGUGAUAAGGAAUAAUGGAAGGUUGUAACGUUGUAUCUUACUUUAAGGUUGUUGAAUGGUGGUUCUGUUCUGCAUAUGGUGUAUUAUGAUUCAAGCUUAGUGUUAUCAUUGCUGUUGUUAUUGUCGUCUGUUGCUUAA